GAAGGAGGAGGACUAACCCCAGCGUGUCGAGUCGAGUCGAGUCGGGCCAGCGGUUGAGUAAAAGUGAAAGGUUUGUUGUGUUUGUUCGGUGGCGAGGCGUCUCAGCAGCGGGUCCGCGGCCGUGUGGAGGUGUCCGGUCCCCCCCCCCCCCCAAUGCCCUCCGACUCUGGCUCGCUCUUCACCGGAGCACCGCUCCGCCGCUUCUCCCCCACACCUUCCUCUUCACAAGCUGUUCCUUUGUUUGACGCUAAGACACGCUAAGAACCAGCAAAGGCAACACCUGAAGAAAUGAACCUGAAGAUAUGUGGAUGUAAACUUCAGCUGGUUUAGCCUGCAAGGUGGUUCUCGGCUGGAACUUGAUGAGGCCAAUAAGCCCCACAGUCAGUGUAUGACCUUCUUCCCAAAGAGCAGCAGUCGCCGUCCGCCGCUCCGCAGCAUCCAGCAGCCAUGAGUCAGAAAAGUGGUGGCGAGGCUGGACCUCCUCCAUCAGCCGCUCCUGCAUCAGAUGCCUCCGCCGUCUCCUCUUCUAUGACCGUGGGAGGCCCCUGCAGUGCUUUUCCCGCCUCUUCCAGCUCCACCAUGCAUUCCUCUACCUCAGCCAACGACCAGAGCCCUGCUGACCCGGACGACACCAGCGCCAGCAGACUGGUGCCAGAGGUUCUUGCGGCGGAGACUGGGAAUGGAAACUGCUGCAGGACUGGAGGUGAGAAAGGAGGAGUCGUAACUAUGGGAGGAGCUGGAGGAAGAGGAGCGACAUGCCAGGAAGCCCAGCAGCAUCACCAAAUGACCCCUUCGAAGCGGCGCACCGUGUUGAAUAUCUCUCCACCUCCUGAGGACCUGUUUGACGACAGUCGCAUGUCCUAUCAGGGGGAGCCACCCCUGGACUCCGAGCAGAGCAACAGUAUCUGGAUGGACGAUUCUGUCUCCAACUUCAGUAUCCUCAGUUCCAAUUCCUACAACGACAACACAGAGGUGCCACGCAAGUCCCGCAAACGUACCCCUCGCCAGAGGCCCGGCCCCAAGCCUGUGUUGCCAGAGGAGGCCAGCAUAGAUGUUUUUGAUGCAGACAGUGCCAAAGGUCCACAUUUUGUCCUCUCACAACUAGGCCCAGAGCACAAGGCUUGUCCCAAAGGAAGUUCUCCAGAUGGUCCUCAGACAUCGACUCAGAAGGGAGGAACCCUCUCUGUGCAGUACCCUCAGAAGAGUGAAGGGAAGGAGCUGAAGAUCCUUGUCCAGCCUGAGACCCAGCACCGAGCCCGCUACCUGACCGAGGGAAGCCGAGGUUCAGUAAAGGACCGAACUCAGCAGGGCUUCCCCACCAUAAAGUUGGAGGGGGUAAAUGAGCUGGUGGUGCUGCAGGUUUUCGUGGGCAACGACACGGGGCGUGUGAAGCCUCACGGCUUUUACCAAGCGUGCAGGGUGACCGGACGAAACACAACAGCCUGUAAGGAGGUGGACAUUGAGGGCACGACGGUUAUUGAGGUGUCCCUUGACCCUAGCUCCAACAUGAUGCUGGCGGUUGACUGUGUUGGGAUCUUGAAGCUCCGUAAUGCAGAUGUAGAGGCUCGCAUUGGUGUGGCUGGCUCCAAGAAGAAGAGCACCCGGGCCAGACUGGUUUUCCGGGUCAACAUCCCCCGUCCAGAUGGAUCGCUACUCACGCUACAGACCCCGUCAUCUCCAAUCCUCUGCACUCAGCCUGCCGGGGCGCCCGAGAUCCUGAAGAAGUCGCUCCACAGCUGUUCAGUACAAGGUGGAGAAGAAGUCUUCAUCAUUGGCAAGAACUUUCUGAAAGACACCAAAGUCAUAUUUCAGGAGAAUAAUUCUGAUGAGAAAUCGUGGAAGGCAGAGGCUGAAAUUGACAUGGAGCUUUUCCACCAGAAUCACCUGAUAGUGAAGGUUCCUCCGUACCAGAACCCAGCCAUCCCCUCGGCAGUGUGCGUCGGGAUCUACGUGGUGACCAAUGCCGGAAGAUCCCACGAUGUACAGCCUUUUACCUACACUCCAGACCCAGAACAAGUUAAACCUGAUGUUUGUGUGAAGAAAGAGACGUCCUCACCAGUGAAGUCCUGUUCUUAUGAUGAGCGAAUUAAAGUUCUGGAUAAUGCCUUGAUGCCGUCAAUGUUGCCUCUCGUGAAGAGGGAAGAGGUCACUCCAAUGGAGGUCUCCAGCAACGUCCAGCCCACUGGCGUGUUCAAGCUUUCCCAGCAGACAGCUGAUGUGAUGUGUCCAGCCCAGCAGACCAUGGACAUGACCUCUAGCCAUCUAACCAACAGCAGACCAUUCACCAGCAGCCUCCCUCCUGCCGCAGGUGACCCGGACAAAGUCCCUGCUCCAGUCUUUAGCGGUACAGAGUCCAUAAGUGCUAUUCAGAAACAGGACAUUGCUGCCAGCAGCUCCUUCCCUGUGCCUGCAGAGCCUCUAAUCCAGCCGAGCUCUCAGCAGUUCCUGCUGGAGCCAAGAGAAGGCCUGGGUCCUGAAAGGCCUGGUACUAGUACUGGAGCUGUGGGGCGGCUGUGUGGGGAACCUUCUUCCCAACAGCACCAGCUGCCGCUGUUUCCCCCAGAUGAGAUGGCCCAGCUGGAGCAGGCAGUAAGACAGCUUCAGGCCAAGGGGUUUUGCAACUUACCGCUACAGGCUGAGAGCUCGAUGGUCAAGCAGCAGCAGCAGCAGCACCUCCAACAGCAACAACAGAUUCAAAAACAGCAACAGCAGCAGCAACAAAUACAGCAACAGCAAAUUCAACAGCAGCAACAGCAGCAGGCAAUGGAAAGUCUGCAGCAGCAGCUGUUUCAGUCCCAGAUCCCCAUGCAGUGUGGUAUCUUCCAGGGCACCUCCCGCGGUGAGAACACAGAACAGCAGGGCGCUUCACAAGGUGUGGUGCCCAAUCAUGGAUCUCUGUUCCAGCAGGCCCAACAACAGCAGCAGCAGCAACAACAACAAGAACAGCAAAAACAGCAGAACCAACAAGCAGCUCUCUUUCAACAGGCCAAUGAACUCCUCUCCAUUCAGACCAACUUCCUGCAGCAGACUCCUUCACAUGCCUCCCCACCACUCUUCCAUAAUCCCAGUUCCUUGGCUGAGGCACGAGAUCCACAACCUCUGUUCCACGCUCAAAAAACCUCUCACGCACAAGAGCAGGUCCAGGCUGCUCUCUUCCAGAACACUCUGACGGUCCUGAGUGGAACCAGUCUCUCUCCAGACCAACAGGCCCCAACCCCUAGCCUGUUCCUUCCCCAGACUUCCCUGUCUUCUCAGCUGACACCUGGCAGUCCACAGCAGCAGCAGCAGCAGCAGCAGCAACAGCAACAGUUGGCAUUCCUCAGUGCUCUGCAGACUUCUGCAUCAGAGCCACAAUCUGUGUUCCAGACUCAGACUCAGCUUUCCCCCAUCCAACAAGGAACUCCCAUGGAGCAGCAGCAGCCCUCUCAGCCACAGACACAGUCACCCCAACAGGGCGCUCUGUUUCAGAACAUCUCAACGCAUCCCCCUGCUAAUGCCCUCUCUCCAAACCAGCAGCAGCAACCGGCUGGCCUCCUGUUCCGGGGUAAUCCCCUGCCCAACCAGGAUCAGCCUUCCAGCCUGCUGUUCAGUAACCAGGGCCAGAUGCCUCCUAUGAGCACCAGCAGUCUUUCUUCCCAGGAGACCCAGACCCCGUCGCUGCUCUUUUCCCAGGCCAGAAUGGUGAGCGUCAGCCAGCAGGACCCCUCAGAGCCCAUGACCUUAGGAAACCCCGCGGAACCGCGUCCGCAAGUUCUGUUUCAGGAACAACAGCCCAUGCUGCUGGACCGUGGCUCAGCUGGUGGGCAGGAGCAGCCCGUCUCCCUUUUCAUGCCUCAGUCGAACAUGGCCUCUUUACAAGGUGGGAUGGCCACACAGGAGCUUCCCCAAACAGCCAUGUUCACCACACACAAUGGUGUGACACGCCUCCAGACCACCACCUCUUCUCCGGUGCAGCAGCCCGGGUCUUUAUUUCAGACAGCUGUUAGUGGGACCAUCAGUCAACCCAGCCAGCCGCAGCAGCAGCCCGGCCUCUUUCUCUUCGGGAUUGAGAACGAAUGCAGCCAGAUGAUAAACUCUUCUGGAACCACGUUGUCAGACCAGAUCAUUGCUAUCAGCCAGUCUGGCCAGAACCAGAGAGAGAGUGAUGCUCACAUCCAGUCCCUCCUCAACCAGUCCUUGACAGAAUCCAGGAGCCUGCAGAAUAGUAUGACCGCAUCUCAGAACAUGGAGAAAAUUGAUGACCUGCUUGUUAGCUUGCAAGAGCCAGGCAGCAACCUGACUCAGUCUUAUUAAGUCUCUAUAAAGGAUCUUUUGGGAUGAAAGCUGUGAUGUGCUCCUCUUCUUCAUCAGCUUCGCUCUUCUCAAAGGAAAAUCUUGUUGAAGAUACUCAAGUUACUCAAAUCUGGACAAAGCCAUGUAUUCAGGCGAGGAUGGAGGGCUGGUUUAUCUGUAUUUACCCCUGCAGCUGUAAUGGACUCUCUUCUCUCAGAUCUUUCACAGGUUUCCUUCUCUCCUCGGUGCACAAUGCAGCACUUUGUAACUUGGGUUUAGCAAAGAUGUCGGUGCGAGCUUGCAUGACGUUCUGUAUUUUCCGAAGCCAGACGGCAGGCUCCGAAAUCUUUAAAACACAUUCGCCUUUUUAUAGCUAAACGCGAAAUCACUAUUUUUGGAAAGGUAGAUUCUAAAAACGUGAGAUUUACUUGCAAAGAAUAUAUUUUUUACAGUUUUCGUUCAGCACCUUAUGAUGCUCUACUUUGUGACCGGUUACUCUUAACGUGUACAGAUCCACCGGAGGUGUGGUUUUACCCGUCACCUCUGGGCCUCAUUGUUUACAGUGGAAGGGAUGCAAAUCACCACCAUGAUGAACCACAGCAAGCUGCUCUGUUUGUGCUAGCACAGGGAUUAGCAUUUAUACAUCUAUUUUUCACUCUUUUAUUUGUACAUCACCUGCAAAAACACCUGAACUAUUUUAGUUAACUACACUUUCACUAAACCCUGACAUCUCUCCAUACUUUCAGCCAAUAUUGAGCUCUACUACUGUCCUGCUCCAUUUCUUUUCUUUUUUGGGGGGCCCCCCCCCUUUUUCUCCCCGAUUGUACUUGGCCAAUUACCCCACUCCCCCGAGCCGUCCCGGUCUCUGCUCCACCCCCUCUACUGAUCCGGGGAGGGCUGUAGACUACCACAUGUCUCCUCCCAUACAUGUGGAGUCACCAGCCGCUUCUUUUCACCUGACGGUGAGGAGUUUCACCAGGGGGACGUAGCGCGUGGGAGGAUCAUGCUAUUCCCCCCAGUUGCCCCGACCGACCAGAGGAGGCGCUAGUGCAACGACCAGGACACAUACCCACAUCCGGCUUCCCACCCGCAGACACGGCCAAUUGUGUCUGCAGGGAUGCCCGACCAAGCCGGAGGUAACACGGGGAUUCAAACUGGCGAUGCUGGUGGUAGGCAACAGAGUAGACCGCUAUGCUACCCGGACGCUCCAUUUUGUUUUUCUAUCAACACAAGACAUCGCAUCGCCAGUCGUCCCUCUACUUGUAGUAUGGCAACUAUCAAUACUCAUUUCUCAGAUAAAUUGAGUUUGGCCGUUACCGGCCUUCCUUCCUACAGGCGUUAUUACAGACGGCUCUGGAGGAAACAAGCAGCCUUUACUUUAUGUGAUGUCAGUUAACAUUCAGCAAAGUACAUGUUCUCUCAUUGGAGGGUUUCAGAACCAUGCUGUCGGCGUGCUCCGUGUGUACAGCUGAGGAAUCUGCUGUCGUGAAACUCAGAUUACUGCAUGUUUAGUAGCAUUUCCAUUGUACGAUACUGCGUCAGGCGUUUAGGAAAACAAACUGGAAUAGUAUUCUUGGAUGAUCAGCUGGAGCCUUAUUUCCAUUGUUCACAAUGUGAUGAGUUUAGUGAAUGUUUGCCAUGUGAUGGAGUAGUAUUUCUUAGGCUACAUCUCUUUUUUAAGUUAUAUUUUUGUCUCGACCAAAUAGGUAUUACCUGCAGAAACAGAGCUUAUGAUGUUGUACAUGAAAACACGUUGAAAGCAGAGUGAACUUCUUGUCUCCAGUUGGCCGGCGUUGGUCAUCUCAGGACCCAACCUUGACUCAGUUCUUGUUGUGAAGGCCAGUUUUAUGGCUCACGGGGUGGUGGUUCUUCAUCAUGUCGGCUGUUUGUGAAUUCACCAUAUGACGAGAAGGGGAAAUUCACUUAAAUGACUGGAUCAGUUUUUCUGUUUUUCCUCCACCAUGCAGAUGGUGUUGUCAUGUCAGCCCCACCGCCAAGCUGGGACCCUUCUUUUUUUCUGUGCACCUAUUUCUUUUUUCCUUGUAAGUUUUCCGUUGGACAGGAACCAAUGUUGUGUGAGGUUUGGUGUGUGUGGCAGUGUGUGAUGAACAAGGGGCUGGUCUCUGGUGAUGACGAGACGCUCAGCUGGAUGUUGUCUGGUCUCUGUACUGUACCUUACAUUCACUCGCCACACCGCUGCCCUGCCUCACCUGCUGUGUUUGUCUUGUUGUGUUUUUUCACUUGGAAAGCCAGUGGUGUUGUAAGAUGGACAUGGUGUCAGGUGUGUUUGGUGAUGUGAUGGUGCAGCCUGCGGCGUGGCACAGGCAGCUGCACCAUCACAGCCUGUGGCGUGGCUGGCUGCACCAUCACAGCCUGCGGCAUGACGUGGCUGGCUGCACCAUCACAGCCUGUGGUGUGGAUGGGCGGCUGCACCAUCACAGUCUGCGGCAUGACGUGGGCGGCUGCACCAUCACAGUCUGCGGCAUGGCGUGGGCGGCUGCACCAUCACAGCCUGCGGCAUGGCGUGGGCGGCUGCACCAUCACAGCCUGCAGUGUGGCGUGGGCGGCUGCACCAUCACAGCCUGCAGUGUGGCGUGGGCGGCUGCAC